GUUUAGGAGAAGUGGUCGGCCGUUGUUUAGCUUGCCAGAUUGGCCCUGAAACGAGUGGUCAGGAGUAAUUCCGCGAAGAACGCCAUCAUUUGAGAAUAUCUUUAUUUUCCUCCUGAGUUCCAGCAGGAUGUCAAAGAACAAGCUGAAUCUGACACUGCCCUCCAUCUCUGCUGAUGUGAAUGGUCCUGAUGUAGCAACCCCUCCAAACAAGACACCUGCUGAACCGGCCGUGCGCGCCGCGGUACCCGGCUCUUACUCGGAGGACGUCAUCAACAAGAUGAAGCAGAUGAACUUGGACGACACCACGCGCCGUCGGAUGGAGAACUUCCUGAUGCAGAAGCAGCGCGUGGGCGGGUGUCUGCAGGCCGAGGACUUCGACAAGCUGGGCGAACUUGGCGCCGGCAACGGCGGCGUCGUCAUCAAGGUCCGCCACAAGCCCACCGGCUUCAUCAUGGCGCGGAAGCUGAUCCACCUGGAGGUGAAGCCAGCCAUCAAGAACCAGAUCAUGCGGGAGUUGGAGGUGCUGAACCAGUGCUUCUCCCCACAGAUUGUCGGCUUCUUCGGGUCGUUUUACAGUGACGGGGAGCUGAGUAUAGGGAUGGAGUACAUGGACGGCGGCUCGCUGGACCUAGUGUUGAAGCAGAUAGAUCGGAUACCGGAGAAGAUCCUGGCCAAGAUCACCUCCGAGGUGCUGAAGGGCCUGUCGUACCUGCGGGAGCUGCACCAGAUCAUCCACCGGGACGUCAAGCCCUCCAACAUCCUCAUCAACAGCCACGGCGAGAUCAAGCUCUGCGACUUCGGCGUGUCCGGCCAGCUGAUCGACUCCAUGGCUAACUCUUUUGUCGGCACGCGCAGCUACAUGUCGCCGGAGCGACUUCAGGGGAUCCACUACUCGGUACAGAGCGACAUCUGGUCGCUGGGGCUGUCGCUGGUGGAGAUGGCGCUGGGGCUGUACCCGAUCCCGCCGCCCGACUACGCCACCCUGGCGCACAAGUUCGGCACGCAGUUCACCGAGAACGCGCCCAACCGGGUGGCCUCCCCGCUCGCCAAGUCGCCCAAGUCCGCGCCCAGUUCGGCCGGCGUGGGAAACGGCCGUCAGUUGGCGAUAUUCGACCUUCUGGAGCACAUCGUCAACGAGCCGCCGCCCAAGCUGCCGCAGGGCCUCUUCAGCGACGACUUCGUCAACUUCGUCGACAGCUGCCUGAAGAAGAACCCUGAGGAGCGGGCUGACCUCAAGUCUCUUAUAGUACACCCCUGGAUCCUGCGCGCGGAGCAGGAGAACGUGGAUAUCGCCGGCUGGAUCUGCAAGACCAUGAACCUCACGCCCACUUCCGCCACGCUGAAGCCGAAAUAGCGACGCGGGCACACUAGCGCCGCCUGCCGGCGGAAAGUUGGCGUACCUCGCCACCUGGGCGGCCGCCGCCGUCGCCGUGGCGCGUGUCGCCAGCGGAUCGGCAUUUUGGCGCGGUCCCGGCCGGUGUUUUGGCGCGCUCUGUCAGCGCCUGGUGGCGGGACUGGUCCGGGACGCGCGCCGUCGGGGCGGGGCCUCCCGGACG